ACCAGGUGGCUCAGGCACUUUGCCAGUCGACGGACAUGAGUGAAGAGAAGGAAGAGGCCUCGUUCAGUAUACUCACAAUUUAUGAUGACCCGGAGGAGAGGGGGAGUGUGCCAGAAAGCCCUGGCAUUUCCUCUCAGCAUGAACAUCACACACAAUCUCAGCUGGAUGAGGCGUGUGGUCCCCUGCAGCAGCUCCCUGGCUCCCUGGCACAAUCUCAGCUUUGUUCUUCACCUCCUCCCAGUGAAGAAGUCCGGUCAUUGCUCAGAGCAAUUCCUCCCGUUCCAGACGAAGCAGUGGUCAGGCAGAGGACUCCACGUGGGUCCUGGAAGGUUGGCAAACUCCGCCACGGAAAGAAAGUCUAUGCUGUGGCCGUCAGCGGCUCUACUCACCAUGUGUACACGUGCGGCCAUGGCUACAUCAGAGUGUGGAAUGAGAGUGCCCUGCACGCCUGGGACCAGGCCCCCCAGGCCCAGCUCAACCUCCAGGACCAUCAGAACUGUGUCCUCACCUGCAAGCUGUUCCCAGAUGAGCAGAGGUUGAUCACGGGGGGUCUGUCCCAGACCCUGACUCUGUGGGACCUAGCACCCACCCCUCGCAUCAGGGCACAGCUGGCCUCCACGGGCCCCAUGUGCUAUUCCCUGGCCAUCUCCUCCAAUGCCCAGAUCUGCUUGGCUUGUUUCAAAGGAUUUGUUGAGAUCUGGGAUUUGCAGAACCAAAUCUUGAUCAGGAAGCAUGAAGUCCCCAUCUAUGGGUCCCGAUGUGUGGACAUCACGGGCAAUAAGUUCUGGACGGGAGGUGAAGACACCAGCCUGUAUUCCUGGGACCUGAGGAGCUACCAGCGGCUGCAGCAACAUGAUUUACAGCAUGAGAUCCUCAGCAUCACACAUGACCCCAGUGAGGAGUGGUUGUUAGUGGGCUUGCGAAUGAGUGACAUCAUAAUCCUGCACACGCACCGGAAGGAGAAGUUUAAAGCUGUGUUACACAAAUACAUCCACCACCACAAUCUCAAGUUUGCCUCCUGUGGAAGCUAUUUUGUGACCACCCAGGACGAGUCGAUCCACUGCCUUGCUGCACCUUCUCUGCAGAGGUUGUUUCAGGCAGAGGAGUCUACAGACAUCCUGUGUUGUGAUGUGUCUUCUGACAACCAGUAUCUGGUCACCGGCUCUAAGAACAGUGCCACAGUUUACCAGCUCUUGUAUUGA